CAAAGACUCCGGCGUCCCUAACACCCAUCCAAGCGGAUUGAGGACCUCGCCCUGUCUAUAUAAGAGGUCAGCUUCCCUACUGAACUAUUAUCAUCCAGACAGCAUCCUCUGUGUGCACCAUCAUCACCACCACCACCGGCCAUGGCAGACACCCUGCGGAGGAUGACCAACAGUGAGACCUGCAAACUGCUGCAGGACAAGCUAGAGGACUGGUACAAGGACUAUCAUAUAAAUUCUUGUGACCACAAUCUGAACAUUUGCUGUGAGCUUAUUGAGUUGAACUCGAGAAUCCAGGGUCAGCUCUUUACAAUUCUUAACGUUACAGCCCGGGAAGGAGGUCAGUAUGCUGGUGUGGAAACACUGAAGAGUCGCUUCUUGCCAUGGCUGGGUACUUGCUUCUCAGGCCCUUCUCCAGGGCUGUGUGCUGAUAGUAGUUUCUCUCUUCUUCAGGAAUCACUAGAAAGAGACAAACGACUAAGGGAACUGUCAUCGUCGCAGGAAAGGGAUCUGCACAGGUUGGAGACCCAGCUGGCCACUACACGAACGGAACUGAACUCUGUGAGACAAGACCUGCUUGAAACCCAAAUGGAACUUGAAGAGACAAAAACAAAGUCGGCAACCACUCUCCUAGCCACCGAGGAGGAGAUACUGCAGCUGAAAGCAGAUUUAAGGACAGCUGAAGACAAACUGGAUAUGAGGAAAAUAGAUUCAAUUGAGGACUAUGAACGCCAAAUCCGCCUGCUAAAGGAUGAAAUCUCAAUUUUAUCAGCAGAAAAAAGUGUGCUCCAUGGAAGGCUUUCUAGGAGUCGCUCUCCAAGCCCAAUACGUCACUCCAGCAGAUCAGCCAGCCCGUUUGCCAGGAGUGAGUCUCCUACAGCAGCCCAGCUUACCAACUCUUCCCGUCACAGCCGGCUAAUAUCCAGAUUCAAUGACAUCUAUGCCAAUGAUCGUCUAGAUGCACAGACUCUGUUGAGACGUUACAUAGAUGACCUUGAGAUGGUGCAGAGAAUAAUUUUUAUUGCCACUGUGGAAUCCUUCCAUGCAGCCAAGAUGGCAUAUAGACAAUUUAAACUCCGUGUAAGGAAGUCCUUGUCUCCAUCCCACAUGGGACCCGAAUCUUUGGAAGAUGCUGUGACUGACUAUAUUGUUCGCAACCUGGACCUGUAUGAUGUCCAAUCCAGUGUUAAUGAUGUGAUCAGUGCAAUGAAUGUAAAUCCUAAAAUCUCCUUCCCACCAGAAGUAGACUUCAUUCUAAUCAGCAGCUUCAUCCGGGAGGUGUGUCGUGUGGCAUUUGCAAUGCAGACUAUUGAAGCCCCAUUGGACAUUGCUUUUGCAGUUGACGGAGAACUCUUUAGUGAAACCAAAUAUCGUCGUACCUAUGAUUCUGAGUUUACUGCACCUCUAGUGUUUUACCAUGUAUGGCCAACCCUGAUGGAAAAUGAUGCUCCUAUAGUCAAGGGAGAGGCAGUGACCAAAAGAGGAGCCCUGUGGAGCCCACGCAAGAGCAGAAGCAGAAGCUCCAGUCCCCUGCGCUCCCGAUCAGUCAGUCCAGGACGUAGCUUGGCAUCCAGGAGCCGCAGCCCCUCCCCCCGAAGAAGUGGAACCCCAAGAUUCUAACUGAAAGAACCUGUCUAUCAGAAUUCAGACAACAUCAGUGGUGCUUCUUGUUUUAUCCAGAAACCUCAGAUCUUCAUUGUAAUAAUGUGAAUGGAUAACUAUUGACAUUUGUAUGUAGUGUGUUUUACAGUUUGUGUAUUUUUUUUAUUUUUUCACUAUAAACUAAUGCACAUUGUAUUGAUUUUUUUUAUAUGAAAAUCAAUAAUGUCAGUUCAUAUGUCCUAAACUGUGUGCAAUAUCCGCAGGGAGAGGUUGCACUAAUUGUUGUCCUAAACAAUUAUUGCAAGGCUUCAAUAUUACUUGACAUAGUAAACUGACAAUACAAAUAAAUUGCCUUAUUUUUAUGAUUACUGAAUUUUGAAUGCAAUAGGAUUUACAUACUACUUAAAAUAAAGAUUAUUUUUACCUACUGUUACAAUGCAUAAA